UGCUGCCUCCCACUGUAACUCAGGCAGAGGGCAGAAAGCCAGGAGGGCAGCUCUCUGCUGGGUGCCGGGGGUUAAAGGGAGCAAAGCCCCCCGAGAGGAGGCAGAGUCCGGUCCGCCGUUUAUCUGUCUCUCCCUCCUCCUCCUUCUCCUUUCUGUCCUUCUCACCCCCAGCUCUCUUUAGAUGAGCUACCACUGGAGGCUGGCAGAAUGAGGCUGAGUAGCAGCAGAAGCAAUAGUGGCGGCCGGAGCCAGCUGAUCUCCUUGCUGCUCCAGGGAUGUCUGCUCUGGAGCUGGGCAGCUGCUCAGGAUGUCUCCCAGAAAGCCAUCGCCUUCCAAGACUGCCCUGUGGACCUGUUUUUUGUUCUGGACACCUCUGAAAGUGUGGCCUUGAGGUUGAAGCCAUACGGGAGCCUCGUGGAUCAAGUGAAGGCCUUUACCAACCAGUUUAUUGACAAUUUGGUAGACAGGUACUAUCGAUGUGACCGCAAUCUUGUAUGGAACGCCGGAGCUCUCCAUUACAGCGAUGCUGUGGAGGUUAUCCAAGGGCUGACCCCCAUGCCCAGUGGACGGGACAGCCUGAAGUCUAGUGUGAGCAGUGUGAAAUACAUUGGCAAAGGCACUCACACUGACUGUGCCAUCAAGAAGGGGAUUGAGGAGCUGCUCAUUGGGGGGUCCCACCUGAAGGAAAACAAGUACCUUAUCGUGGUGACAGAUGGCCACCCCUUGGAAGGCUACAAGGAACCCUGCGGUGGCCUGGAAGAUGCCGUCAAUGAGGCCAAGCACCUGGGCAUCAAGGUCUUCUCAGUGGCCAUCACACCUGAUCACCUGGAAGCCAGACUGAGCAUCAUUGCCACAGACCACACCUACAGGCGUAACUUUACUGCGGCCGACUGGGAUCUCAACCGUGACUCAACUGAGCUGAUCAAGGAGACCAUCGACACCAUCAUCAAGAUGAUUAAAGACAAUGUGGAGCAAGUGUGCUGUUCUUUUGAGUGCCAGCCUGCCCGAGGACCUCCAGGGCAGCGGGGUGACCCCGGACAUGAGGGAGAAAGAGGAAAACCUGGGCUUCCUGGAGAGAAGGGGGAAGCUGGAGAGCCAGGAAGACAAGGUGAUCUUGGACCUGUGGGUUACCAAGGAAUGAAGGGAGAAAAAGGAACACGGGGAGAAAAGGGCUCCCGAGGACCUAAAGGUUACAAGGGUGAGAAGGGCAAGCGAGGCAUUGACGGCAUCGACGGGCAGAAGGGCGAAACCGGAUACCCUGGCUUACCAGGUUGCAAGGGCUCCCCAGGAUUCGAUGGAAUACAAGGACCCCCAGGACCCAAGGGAGACCCAGGUUCUUUUGGCCCCAAAGGAGAAAAGGGUUCACCUGGAGAAGAUGGAGAACCUGGAAGACCAGGAAAUACUGGACCCCCAGGAGAGGAGGGUCAACCAGGAGAACCAGGCCCCGCUGGAGAGAAAGGAGAACAAGGUGAUGAGGGAAAUCCUGGACCUGAUGGCCCCCCUGGAGAAAGGGGUGGCAAUGGAGAACGAGGCCCCCGAGGAACUCCUGGCGUGCGGGGCCCCAGAGGCGACGCGGGUGAACAGGGGCCACAAGGUGACCAAGGCCGAGAAGGACCCGUUGGAGUCCCUGGAGACCCAGGUGAGGCUGGACCUGUUGGACCAAAGGGCUACCGAGGAGAUGAAGGCCCUCCAGGAAUCGAGGGUCCCAGAGGAGCCCCCGGGCUCGCAGGUCCCCCUGGAGAUCCUGGGCUGAUGGGUGAAAGGGGUGAAGACGGGCCCCCUGGGAAUGGAACAGAAGGCUUCCCAGGUUUUCCAGGAUAUCCAGGGAACAGGGGUCCUCCGGGCAUAAAUGGCACCAAAGGCUAUCCCGGGGUCAAGGGAGACGAAGGAGAGGCUGGUGACCCUGGUGAGGACAACAAUGACAUCUCACCACCAGGAGUUAAAGGGGCCAAGGGUUACAGAGGCCCAGAAGGUCCCGCCGGACCCCCGGGACCAGCAGGGCCUCCAGGACCAGAUGAAUGUGAAAUCCUGGACAUAAUCAUGAAAAUGUGCUCUUGCUGUGAAUGUAAGUGUGGCCCCAUCGACAUCCUCUUCGUAUUGGACAGUUCAGAAAGCAUUGGUCUUCAAAACUUUGAGAUUGCCAAAGACUUCAUUGUCAAGGUCAUCGACAGGCUGACCAGAGAUGAGUUAGUCAAGUUUGAACCUGGCGAGUCCCAUGCAGGCGUUGUCCAAUACAGCCAUAACCUAAUGCAGGAGCAUGUGAGCUUGAGUGACAGCAACAUCCAGAACGCCCAUGACCUGAAAGAGGCAGUGAAGAAACUCCAGUGGAUGGCCGGAGGCACAUACACUGGCGAGGCCCUUCAGUACACCAGGAAUAAUCUGCUGCCUCCCACCCAGAACGAACGGAUUGCCCUUGUCAUCACAGAUGGGCGGUCAGACAUUGAACGAGAUACAACCCCUCUGACCGUUCUCUGUGGAGCAGACGUUGUGGUAUUUUCCCUGGGCAUCAAGGAUCUCUUUGGGGGCAGCGCAAGCCCGGAUCAGCUGAAUGAAAUCUCUUGCCAGUCAAGCACCCCAGGGAGAAGGACAGGCAUUUCCCUCGUCAAGGAGAACUAUGCAGAACUCCUAGAUGACAACUUCCUGAAGAACAUCACCACCCAAAUCUGCAUCGAUAAGAAGUGCCCAGACUACACUUGUCCAAUCCGGUUCACUGCUCCCGCAGACAUCACAGUCCUGCUGGACAGUUCAGCCAGUGUGGGCAGACACAACUUUGAGACCACCAAGAAAUUUGUGAAGCGCCUGGCUGAACGAUUCCUCACAGCUGAAAAGGCUGAUCCCUCCUAUGAGGUGCGCUUCUCUGUGGUCCAGUACAGUGGCAGGGACCAGCAGAGGCCCGAAACCAAUUCCCUGCAGUUCCUCAACAACUACACAGUGGUCGCCAACAACAUCGACAGCAUGGGGUUCAUGAAUGAUGCCACCGAUGUGAAUGCUGCCAUUCGCUACGUGACCUCCUUCUACCGGCGAGCAUCCUCAGACCGGGCCAAGAAGAAGGUGCUCCUCUUCACCGAUGGGAACUCCCAAGGAAUCACAGAGAGCGCCAUUGAGAAGGCUGUGCAGGAAGCCCAGAGAGUGGGCAUUGAAAUCUAUGUGUUGGUGGUGGGCCGACAGGUCAACGAGCCCAACAUCCGUGUCUUGGUCACAGGGAAGACCACCGAGUAUGAUGUGGCCUAUGGAGAGCGCCACCUCUUCCGUGUUCCUGAUUACCAAUCUCUCCUCCAGGGCGUCCUCUACCAAACAGUUUCCAGAAAGAUCUCCCUUGGCUGAGGGAGGAAGGAUGAGAACUUACUAGCCCAGGAGGCAUGCUCCCAUCCCAAUCCUCUUCCCACUGACCCUUAAAAACAGAAAUAAAAUGUGACUUGUGAUCUUCUCAGCCUCCCAAUGGACUUGUUUAAGAGAAGGAAAAAGAUCAGAGAAAUAGAGCAUGAGUCUGCUUUGUACACAUCUCCUCCACCUGCUUGCAGACCCCCUUGCUUGUAGCUCCCCAUCUGUAGCCCUGCAUGCAAGCCCUUUGCCUAGAAUGCUUCUCAUCCCUGUCUUCAGCCAGGGCCAGCUUGGAAAGCAAACUCCCUGCCUAGUGACCACCAUUUUCACAUGUCUAAAGCAGAAAGCUGCUGCACUUAGUUGUAUCAGCCAAGGAACAAUAUUCCCUGAUACACCAUGUUCUCUUUCUGGGAAAUAUAUUGUCUUGGAGUCGCUCAGUCAAUGUUAUUCCUGGGAGGAAAAAUGACUUUGGAGGAUUACCUGAUAGGCUAUUUCUAAUGGCCACCCUUCCUAGGGGGCUCUUGGCACUUACUCUCCAGAGCCUUAGGGUUCACAUAAGUCCCCACCCUUCCCCUCGACAAUCUACAUGGCUCAUGACAAGGACAAACAGGUCCAGUGAAAAUCACUUCCUACCUUCAGGGAAAAGCAAACCCAAAGGCUGGUAGAACCACUGGCCAAAGCAAGCUCUCUCCAUUCAAGGUGGCUCUUCGUAGAGAUGUCUCCCUUUCUUGCCAGUGCUUCUUUUCCAAAUUUUAAAGGCACGGAAUGGUGCACAUUGACAAGGAGUCACAUUAGGCAUAGAAAUAAAGGUGCUCAUUUUACUCUUGCUGUUUACAUGUCUUCUUCCCACAAUCUGCUUGAGAAUCUGGGCUCUGAUGGAACCGACAUGGGGCCAUCCAGCAUUUCCAUGGUGCUCCUGCUGCAAAAGGAUUUUCUUUUGUGUUUCCUUUUUGAAAAAAUUUCCAAAAUCAAAUAUUACAUUUCCCUUGAAACUCAUGGUUCAUUUUCCACUGUAAACAAAAUACCCUUUAUCUGCUACUUUAAUUGUUACUCUUGUGUUCUACUCCAUUGUGUCCACAUCAGUAAUUUGUCCAAAUAAAUGUUUUUCCACAA